AUGUCAUAUGAUGUGAUCAAGAAAUGGAUGAAGUGUCCUCGUAAGUCUUUAGAAUAUAGACAAGGUGUGAAGUCAUUCAUAGAUUUUGCCAAGAAUAAUGGUGGUGGGAGUCAUUUAUUUUCAUGCCCUUGUCGUCGUUGUAUGAAUGGUAAAGGCUUAGUUGUACUGAGUGAGAUCUCAUUGCAUUUGCUCAAACAUGAUAAUGAUGAUGUUACAACAGGUUUGAAUGAGAAUAUUACCACAGAUGUGGAUGAGAAUGUUAAGGAAGGAAUGGAUGAGAAUGUUACAGCAGGUGUUGAUGAGAAUGUUACAGCAGGGUUGGAUGAGAAUGUUGGAACCAACAGGUGUGGUCAGAAAAAAAGAUUAGCGGCUGAGAAGGCAAGAGAACCAUUAUAUCCUUCAUGUAUGAAUGGAAAGUCAGUAAUGUACGCUGCGAUAAUGAUGAACAACAUAAAGACUCAGUAUGGAAUUUCAGACAAUGGUGUUACCACAAUAUUAGAAUUGAUGAAAGAGUUGCUUCCCGAAGGUAACACCCUGCCAUGUAAGUAUCCAGAUAUCAAGAAUAUUAUUAAAGAGCUAGGGAUGGAUUAUGUGACUUAUGAUGCUUGUGUAAAUGACUGUAUACUUUAUUGGAAGGAUAAUAUUUCAUUGGUGAAGUGUCAUGUAUGUCAAGAACCUAGGUACGUAAGAGUUUUUAAUGAUGAGAGAAAACUUACACAAGUUGCGCAAAAGACGUUAAGGCAUUUUCCGAUAAUUGUAAGGCUGAAAAGACUUUAUAGUAUACCAUGGAUAGCAGAGGCAAUGCUUUGGAACUCUAGAGCACAGAGAGAUGUUAAUGUCAUGCGUCAUCCGAUGGAUUCUACAGCUUGGCGGUGUGCGGAUAAUUUAUGUCCUGAAUUUUCUAAGGAAGCACGGAAUGUUACUCUUGGGAUAGCAACUGACGGCUUCAAUCCAAAUGGAUGCUUUGCUAUGAAUGACAGCUGUUGGCCGGUGAUACUGUGUCCGUACAACCUUCCUCCUUCGGUGUGUAUGAAGCACGAAUUCUCCAUGUUAUGUUUGUUGAUAUCAGGUCCGAGAGCACCAGGUAAAGAUAUUGAUGUUUACUUACAGCCAUUGAUAGAGGAGUUGAAAGAGUUAUCGAAUGAUGGUGUUAUGGCAUUCGACAGCUUCACGGACUCUGAAUUUCUGUUGAAGGCAAGGUUGUUAUGGGCUAUUCAUGAUUUUCCGGCAUUGGGUACUCUAGAUUGA